AUGAUAACGCGUGCCGGGGUAUCAGAGGCCUGCGACAGAGACCAGCAGUGCGGAGGAGGGAUGUGCUGCGCGGUCAGCCUGUGGAUCCGGAGCCUGCGGAUGUGCACGCCGAUGGGAAACCUGGGCGAGGAGUGCCAUCCCCUGAGCCACCGCGUGCCGUUCCCUGGGCGCAGGAUGCACCACACCUGCCCGUGCCUGCCCAGUCUGGCCUGCGUACGGAUCUCGCCCAGCAAAUUCAAAUGUUUACCAGACUUCAGGAAAGAAGACGUCUUUUUUUAGCAGGAGCUGUCCUUCGCUGGAAAGAGCUGCUUGAUGUAUUCUUCUUCUCGUUAUUGUGAUGGAAAAGGUAUUCGCCGGGGGAAAUUCUGUAGUAUACUUUCCUGCCUUGCCAACAUUAAAACCGUACGUGGGAUACUGUGCUGCAACGGUCAAGAUUUUCAGGAGGGACUAAUGAUGAUGGAUGCUUUCAUUGUGGGGUGGCCAAAGUGAGGUUUGCUAAAGCGAGGUCAUUUUUGGAGGGCAGGACCUGAGUAGUUUCUGACGGGUCUCAUUCUCUUCACGGUUCCAACUUAACCCAGCAUGAAAACAUCCAAGAUUAUUGUCAGUUUUAGAAAAUUGUGGCCACAUUUUUACACUUUGGAACGCCUAAAUCAAACAGAGAUUCGAAUAAUUAUAUAAGGCAAAGCAUAGGAUGACUGCCAAAAAACCUGUAUUUACGUUACAUUUCAAAUCUUUAUUAAUAUAAUUGUAUUUGUAAGUUAAGCACAUCUCUACAGUAAAAGUUUAACCAAUAGAUGUAGUUUUCACACUUUUAAAAAGUGACAGAUGGAACCAAAGCAUUUCAAUAUUCCAAGCAUUAAAAGAUUUUGUUAUUUUAGUAUUCUAUGAGAAAAAGUUGUUGUUAUUUGAUUUGGUGUAAAACUAGCUGAUCAUCUCAAACUAAGUAUUCAGAUGUAGUUUAUAUUAAAAAAGGAACUUUGAGGUUUAUUGUAAUGGGC